UGUACUAUUGAAUCAUGACUCGUAAAAUAUAUAUUUUCAUUUAGAUGGAUUUGAUUACCUAUCUGAGGAAUACAAUUGCCAGCAUAACAGAGACCUGGGAAAGUUUUCUUCUUGAAAUAGAUCACAAGUUAUCCAAAUACGCAAAAAAAGUACCUGAAGGCGGUAUAACAGCAGAUUUCCUUGACUUACUAAUUUUUGGCAUAUGCGCAUCAGAGCUGCAAGAAUUUCUUAUGCAUGAUCUAACAAAGAAAGGUCUAGAGAAAUUUGGACAAACUAUCGAGAUGAGCUAUACCAAUAUACAGAAGCUCUUACUGAAGAAUAUAAACAAGUAUGGUCAAAAUGUGACCUUCCAGUUGGCAGAGUUACGUGGUAUGGGUAGGUUUGAUUGUAAAUAUGAGAUUGUUGGACUAUCCGAUGAAAAGAUAGCUCAAGCAAUUCAAUCUUGUGGAGCGUUUUUGAUCAAGGCGGGUGAGAUUCAGCAAAUAAUAAACAAUUCGGUGAUCAACUAUAAAGCAUUCUUUAGGUGGUUAUAUGGAGCUAUACUUACAUUGAUGGAUGAAAAUGUUCCUGGAGAGAUACACAGCUCCUGGUGAAGAUGGCAAAGUCCAUUGAAAGCUAG